CCCACUUCAACUUCAACCUUCUUCAUCUCAACUUUUCCCAAAUCUACGAUUUCAAAAAGAAAAGAAAAGAAAAAAAAAAACCCAUUAAAUUCAGGAUCUCUCUAACAAUGGCGGCUAGCAGAGAGCCCUUCAACGUGUUACCGCACUCCGCCGCACCGGCGGCCCAUCAUGAACAACUACAACAGCAGCACUCCCCUUGGCAUUCCCCUGUUCCCUACUUAUUCGGUGGCUUGGCUGCUAUGUUAGGACUCAUCGCUUUUGCACUUCUAAUCCUUGCUUGCUCUUACUGGAAACUCUCCGGCUACCUAGACGGCGGCGACGCUACCAACCGAGAGCCCGACUUGGAGGCUGGCGAUGACGACACCCAGAAACGACCUUCCCCUGUUUUUGAAGAGAAAAUCUUGGUUAUCAUGGCCGGAGAAAUCAAACCCACGUAUUUGGCUACACCCAUGUCUAGUAGAUCUUCUUCUUUUGGGGAUACCAAAAGCAAUAGUAGUUGUAGUAGCAACGGCAGUACUACCGGCGACAAGGAUGAAAAAUCGGUGGAACUAACGGAGACGGUGAAACAGAGCAUCACAGAUCAGGAAAAGCAGAUCACAGAAAACAGAGAAACUCCUGAAUCUUCAGAUCCGACGACCCAUUAACAUUUUUUUAAAAAGAAAUUUAUUUGAUUUUGUUUUUGUUGGGCACUCAUAUGUGUGUCGUGUUCCAUCAUUAAUAUAUAUAGAAAGAGAGAGAGUGGACAGCUAGCUCGUAAUUUUUACCGGUAAUAGUUUUGGGCUUUUCUCCAUCAGGAAAACCCUGAAAUUAAGAAACAAAAUUCGAGCUUUGGUAUAAAAUUCUUAAGUUGCUAAGAAUAUUUUUUCCCUCUCGAAAACCUGUAAAUCUAAGUGAGACGGAAUGAAUCUUUCGCCCCUUUCAACAAAUUUCCUUUCCAAAUACACAAGUGAAGAAGAAGAAGAAGUUAUAAUAAAUUAUGAUCAUGAAUACAGAAUUGGCGUUUUGGAUGGGAUAAUUCAUAAUUGUAGGGAAGGCACGUGUAGAAGGGUGCGGAAAUGGAGGGGUGGUGUGGGGUGAGUGAUGCGGCGAGGGGAAACUGCAUGCACCGUUUCAUUUAAUAAAAGCUGUUUUUUCUUUC